AUGUAUGGUCGAGUUAUUUCUGCCUCAUAUCGUCGUGGAAGUCCAACUGGACAUAAGUCAAAGGGUGAGUCACAGAUGGGUCAGGCCGGUAGUAGUGUGGGACUUGACGAUGUAUUUAAUCAUGCCAGGUUGGACUUACAGAAUGUGAGAGACAAUGAUGAUGUCCCGACUGAAGAUAUCGACUCGGAAGGGUUUAAUGAUUUCGGAGGUGACUCACCUCCACAUUCACCUCCACAUUCACCUCCAGCUAGACGAAGCAAUGUUAUUCGUCUUAGGAUUAGAGGACUUGGAGCUGCAUCUGCAUCAGCAUCUGCAUCUGCAACUGCAUAUGCAUCUGCAUCAUCAUCAGCAGUGAGUAAUGCUCAGCCUUGGGUUGUCACUAGACCAGUUGUUGGUGGCCCUCAUGACGGUUCUGUUAUUCCCAGUUUUCUUGGUCAUGUGGCCCAUCGCUUGACAGAUAAGUCGUAUAAACCCUCCUUGGAGAUGGAUACAAGAGUCACAUACUUCAAGUUGUUGAAAGAAUGGAAGUGUUCUAUGCCGACUGAGGCUCAAAUCUUAUUGGCUGGGCGCUGAGAAUGACUAGCUAGAUGCUACAAACUAGUAAAGUAAUCCACGAUGGAGGGGUUCAGUCGAGCCUUGUUGCAAAAACAGGCCAAGCGGCAACGCUUGCUUAAGAUCAAGUGACCGCUUGGUUAUGGGUCAUGUUAGGGAACAUGUUGUUUACUGACAGGAGUGGGACUCGGAUUACAGCGACGAUUCUCUCCGAGUUUAUUGAUAGCCUAGUCACCUGUGACAAUAUUUAUUGGGGGUCUGCUACUCUAGCCUAUCUCUACCGUCAGCUAGGCGUGUCCAC